AUGAGAGAGAAGGGAUCCAGAGGAGACGAUGACAAUGAUUUAACGGCGGUUGAGGAUCAAAUGGUGGCGACGAUGACCAUUGAAAUCAAGUACAAAUCAGUGAUCCAAACCACGACUACAGAUCGAAAAAUCAAGCCAAGACGGAAUCAGAGGGAACAGAUUAUAUGCGUAAAUGCUCUUUACGGGGUAGGAAUUCUUUCAACUCCUUAUGCAGUCAAAGAAGGAGGAUGGGUUGGAUUGUUAUUGUUUCUCUUCGGUGUCCUCUCGUUCUACACUGGUAUCCUCCUUCGAUACUGUUUAGAUAGUCAGCCAGGACUCGAGACUUAUCCAGAUAUCGGCCAGGCUGCCUUUGGAACCACAGGACGUCUAAUUAUUUCUAUAAUUUUGUAUGUGGAGUUAUAUGCGUGUUGCGUGGAAUAUAUAAUCUGGGAGAGUGAUAAUCUAUCAUCUUUGUUUCCAAAUGCACAUUUAAAUCUGGGAGGGCUUAUACUUAAUUCACAUUAUUUAUUUGCUAUUAUGAUCGCUCUCGCCGUGCUUCCUACAGUCUGGCUCCGUGACAUGAGUGUUCUUAGUUACAUCUCUGCCGGGGGAGUUGUUGCUUCCAUUCUAGCAGUCGGUUGCUUGUUUUGGGUUGGCUUGGUGGAUAAUGUUGGUUUUCAAAUCGAAACCACAAAGGCGUUGAAUCUCUCUAGCUUCCCUGUCGCUAUAGGGCUUUACGGCUACUGUUAUUCAGGACAUGCAGUCUUUCCUAAUAUCUAUACAUCAAUGGCAAAGAGGAGUCAAUAUCCUAUGGUCCUGUUAACCAGAAUUGUAAUUGCAACCGAAAAAAAGCUCCCAUCCAUUUUAUUCGAUGAGACAUUGGUAAGUACGAACUAUAUGUUUAAAACCAUAGGAGUUAAUAUUGGCAUUCUAAUAUGCAGCAAAAUAUUAUUUUGCUAUGUGUGAAAAAGAGUACCUAGACUAUGUGUGAGGUGUUAUCCACCCAGCACCGGCAUCAUGUUCAACACAUAUGAAGGGUAGUUCUGCAAGUGUUAGUUUUUUAUUUAAGCUUUAACAUUAUGCAUACAUGUGUUUGUACGUUAUGUUACUCGGGAGAUUGCAUCAUAGGAACUUCAAAGGGAUGGGUGAUGGAUGGUAUUUUUAUCUAAUUGCUCAUAUUUAUGUUUGUUUCAGUUUUUGAGUUACUCCAAAAGAGUUUGUUUGGAAUUUUAAGGUGAUGAAGGAAAAAAAAAAGAGAGAUUUUGUUCAACUGGAGCUUAAAGCAGAUCUUCCGCGGGGUUUUGAAACUAUUCAAGGCAAAAACCAACCGGCACGAGGUUGUGUACGAAGUUAAUGAAAAUAUCUGUGAUGCUCUAAAUUCAACAAUCUCUGAAAUCAGUGAGAUGGCUAACUCUGUAGUUGUCGGAAAAGAAUCGGUUUUCCCGAAGAAUGCGGGAUUUCUUGUUGAUCAAACUGACAUUGUGGUAAAGCUUCAGGUGUUUAAGCUCCCGGUUUACGUACAGCUUAUGAAUAAUGAGUUCAUUUCAAAGCCGUGGGAUUUCUUUUCUGACCCGUAUGUUGAAAUAAAUUCGUAUGUUACGGGAGCUAAUGCUGAUGGUGUUGUUACAGAUUAUCCAGCUACUGCAGCCCGAUACAGAAGUUUGUUUCAAGGUGUCGAGAGGGAGGGGUGGUCAAUACAGUUCUGGAAGGAUAGAGUCAAGAGUAUCGCUGUAGAAGAACCCCAUUCAAAACUGCCUCCCAAAUCUGUAUGGCCUGGAAAGAGUCAAGAGUGUGAUGGUUGCUGAUCGGAUGUGUAGAGAGAAUGGGGUUACAAUUCUUAAGUUGCAUUGGAUAAGAAGGCCACGUUCUACGGAAGAGGUAAUGGAAUUAGAUGGACUAAUGGCAGUUCUUGCUAAUAUUAGUGUUGGAACUGCACUCGAUAAGUGGGAGAAGGCAGAAUGACAUGGUAUUUAAUAGGAGACAAGUUACGCUAUCAAGUCUGAUGAAGGAGAUUAAAGUUCUUAGCUACUUGUGUAUUCAAAAUCGAAUGGGCUAACUGUUUGUUAGUUAGUUGUGUAAUGCUUUUUUGGUGGAAUGAAAGUUUUUGUUGACCCUUCAAUAAAAACAAAAAAAAAAUAUGGAGCUAAUUUAGUUUCAGGUUGAA